GAAACCAACCGCACGCAGCCAUGGCGCCUCGACACAUAUAAGCCGCGGGCCUCCUCGGCCUCCUCUGCCUCCCCCCGUCCCCUCCCAUCUCCACCGCCGCAUGUGCCCGCCGUCGCGUUGAUCGAUCCGCCGACCAGCCGGAGAGGGAGCGCAUCUAUCCGUAUAUACACAGGAGGAGCCGGAGAGACGAGGGGACGAUGACAGCCGGGCCCAAGAUGCGCGCCGGCGCCGCCACCGCGGUGCUGGCGCUGGCGCUGCUCGCCGUGGCGGUGCGCGCCGAGGACCCCUACCUCUUCUUCGACUGGAAGGUGGCGUACGGGACCAAGUCCCCCAUGGGCACGCCCCAGAAGAUGAUCCUCAUCAACGGCGAGUUCCCCGGCCCCACCAUCAACUGCACCUCCAACAACAACAUCAUCGUCAACGUCUUCAACCAGAUCGACCAGCCGCUCCUCUUCACCUGGCACGGGAUCCAGCAGAGGAAGGCGUCGUGGCAGGACGGCAUGCCGGGCGACAUGUGCCCCAUCCUGCCGGGCACCAACUUCACCUACAAGAUGCAGUUCAAGGACCAGAUCGGCACCUUCUUCUACUACCCCAGCAUCGGCAUGCAGCGCGCCGCCGGGGCCUACGGGCUCAUCAGCAUCCACAGCCGCCCGCUCAUCCCGGUGCCCUUCGACCCGCCGGCCGACGACUUCGGCGUCCUCGUCGGCGACUGGUACACCAAGGACCACACCGUGCUGGCCAAGAACCUCGACACCGGCAAGGGCAUCGGCCGCCCCGCGGGGCUCCUCAUCAACGGCAAGAACGAGAAGGACGCCUCCAACCCGCCCAUGUUCAACGUGGAGGAAGGCAAGACGUACCGCUUCCGCGUCUGCAACGUCGGCAUCAAGACCACCCUCAACGUGCGCAUCCAGGGCCACGUCCUCAAGCUGGUGGAGAUGGAGGGCUCCCACACCGUGCAGAACGAGUACGACUCGAUGGACGUCCACAUCGGCCAGUGCCUCUCCUUCCUCAGCACCGCCAACCAGAAGCCCGGGGACUACUUCUUCAUCGCCUCCACCCGCUUCAUCAAGGGGGUCAGCACCAUCACCGCCGUGAUGCGCUACAAGGGGUCCAACACCCCGCCGGCGGCCAAGCUGCCGGACGCGCCGGACGGAUGGGCCUGGUCCAUCAACCAGUGGAGGUCCUUCCGCUGGAACCUGACGGCCAGCGCCGCCAGGCCCAACCCGCAGGGGUCCUACCACUACGGCCAGAUCAACAUCACCCGCACCAUCAAGCUCUCCCCCAGCCGCGGCAAGGUCGACGGCAAGGAGAGGUACGCCCUCAACGGCGUGUCCCACACCGACCCCGAGACGCCGCUCAAGCUCGCCGAGUACUUCAACGCCACCAAGGGAGUGUUCGAGUACAACCUCGUCACCGACACGCCGCCCAAGGAGGGCACGCCCAUCAAGGUCGCCCCCAGCGUCAUCACCGCCGAGCACCGCACCUACAUUGAGAUUGUCUUCGAGAACCCCGAGAAGAGCAUCGACACCUUCCACCUCGACGGCUACGCCUUCUUCGCCGCCGGCAUGGGACCGGGGCUAUGGACGGUGGAGAGCAGGAAGACAUACAACCUCCUGGACACGGUGAGCCGGCACACGAUCCAGGUGUACCCGAGGUCGUGGACGGCGGUGAUGCUGACGUUCGACAACGCCGGGAUGUGGAACUUGAGGUCCAAUCUGUGGGAGAGGUACUACCUGGGGGAGCAGCUGUACGUGAGCUGCACCUCGCCGGCCAGGUCGCUCAGGGACGAGUACAACAUGCCCGACAACUCCCUCCGCUGCGGCAAGGUCGUCGGCAUGCCGCUGCCGCCGCCCUACACCAUCGCAUAAAUUACUCUCCCCCAGCUCCAUUAAUUCCACUCCACUCCACUCCAUGAGAGAACGCUUGCAUGGUGCUGUACACACUACGUACGUACAACGACAACAACAGGAAGAGCAGGAGAGUUUUUUCGUUUCUUCUUUUUUUUCGUACGCCCCCACGUCGACUGUUCUUCUUGUCAGGUUCACUCUCUCUUUUCGAGGAAAAUAAAACAACAACAAAAAGGGGGCCUCAAGGUCAUGUGGGCGCCGCCUGUCAUCGGAACGAGGAUGAUGAUUUCAGAACAAGAAGAGAGAUUGGCCGGAUACGAGCUCGAUCGGGACGCCCUCUCGAAUCGUUUACGUUGUAAUAGGAGUUAAUUAAUUCUAUCUGAUGAUCAUCAUUUAUCCAAUAAGUCCUUUGGGCAAAUUGGUUAUUGUGUGUCUAUAAUCCCAUACUAUAUAUACGUACAUUUGCGCACCUUUGCGGUUUUUA